AAAUUAUAUUUUUCUCAAUCAUCAGUUCCUGAACAAAAGAGUGCGCAUCAAACAGCACGCAAUUCAUUACACCGAGCCGAUGUGAGUGGUUUUACCCGCACAAACGGAUAUAGACUUGCAUGCUUGGCAAAUACCAAGAAACCCAAGGAAAAGGGCGUCCCGGCUUCUCUGGAAUAAGCAUUGGCGCCCCUAACACGUUUGAGUAUUGCUCGCGGGAUAAAGAAUCUGCCUGUCCUAUCCUGUCCUGACUCCUAGGAGAACCAAUCCUGCGCCGCCUACGGAGAAUCUGUAGAGUGGAAGAUUCUGGCGCGGGUUUUAAGUGAAUGUCGUACGUACAACAAUCGAUCCCGCCGGAACCCACCUCCGAUAACGCCUUUCUUUUCUUUGUUUUUUUUUUCUGUUGGAGAAAUUUAAUCUCACACCGCCGCCCGCCACCUUAAAGUGGAUUUCCUUUGGGAAUUUUUUUAACCACUUUCGAUGCUAUUGUCCAACAAAUACGUCAAUCCACUUUUUUUACACCUUUUGCUAUCGCACGACUCACGCAUUCUCACACCCUUGCGCGUCCCUCUUGAGCUUGUCAACGGCACCAUGUGCUAGGCCAAGACUACUCAGCCAACAAUCCCUGCGCCUUUUUUUUUCUCUGGUCCCUUUUAGACCCGGUAUCUGAGCGCUUGGCGAAUGGCGAGCCAGGGCUCGAUCUGUCAUGGAAUUGCUGGUUGGCCUUCCUUGUUGUUCCCGACGCAGGGAUCAAGCCCCCAUGCUACACUUGGCUUGGGUUUGUUCACGUCAGAUAACAAAACCUCUGUUGCGCGCCCCCCUUUCCCAUUGAGUGAGUGGUUUGCGCAAGGGUGUGGUUGAUUUGCAUUGAUGAUUCACUGGUCGUACUUCUUUUUAUCAUCUCGCUCGCCAGUUUGGAGUCUUGCUCUGUUUUUUGCAUCCGCUUCAAUCGCAAAUUUAACCGUCGGGUGCUUCAGAAUCUUGCAAGCACGACGUCUUUAAUCGAACCAGCUACAGCUUGUCAUAGAAACUUGGUUGAACCUCAGAAGAGUCAGGAGCUGCUCCCUGUUACGUCACAGCCUUAUCACCCCAGUCUUCCUUCUAAGGAGAAGAAGAAGAAAAAAGAGAAAGGCAACGGUUCUCAAGCCGAAGCCGGGCGCCACGAACUUCCGUUUCUGGAAUGCCCGUGAUUUGUACAGCUUGAGCACUAAAAUCAGAGGUCGCUGUCUCUGUGCUCCUGCGACAAGUCAAGAUCGCGACACUCGUUUGUGACUCCUCGAUUUUGGGGUCCGGGAAAAUUUCGUAAGACCUUAGCAACGGUCGUCGCCGGCGCAGGCUGCCUGGGCGCUUUACUAGUGCUGAUAGCUUCACCUCAGCCUUGCGGCAUACACUGCAUCUGCUUGGCCUGUGCUUGGAAACUUGCCAGCAAUGCCUUCGUUCAACCCUUUCUCAGCCGUCACCGGCCGACAUGCCUUCAGCCUAUUCGACAUUAGGUUAGAAAAUGACUUUCUCGUCUUCCGCGGCAAUGAGCACGAAGCUGCAAGUCAGCUGCUCAAGGGAGUUCUCGCUGUAUGCGUGCCCGGGCCGACCAGAAUCGAGGACAUUCACUUGAGGUUAAUCGGAACCUUGCGCCUGAGCUGGGCGGAUACGAAAGCGACACCUAGCGGCAUUUCGAUCCAGAAGUUCGAAAAGACAACCGAGAUCCUCAGUCACAGAUGGCCCAGCUUCAUCGGCACGCCAGGCAAGAGCAUGAUCUUGGACAAGGGCAACUACGAGUUUCCCUUUGAGCUGAUGCUUCCGGGAAACACUUCGGAGAGCGUCGAGGGCCUCAAGGAGGCGAGCGUCACAUACCGACUCAAGGCGACGAUCGCAAGGGGAAAGCUCGCAUACGACCACCACGCAUACAAGCAUAUUAGGAUGAUAAGGACACUUGACGCUUCGGCGCUCGAGUUCCUUCAUGCUAUGAGCGUCGAGAACAUCUGGCCCAACAAGGUAGAAUACUCGAUCGUUGUUCCUCGCAAGGCAGUGGUAUUUGGAAGCGCGAUUCCCUUUGAGUCUAGGUUUACCCCUCUACUCAAGGGGUUGGAGAUUGGAGAUGUGACGAUACGAUUGAUCGAGGCCUGUGAAAUCCUGGCGACCUCUGCGACUGGCGUACCCAUCAAGGAGCACAAGAAAGAGCGUGAGGUUACGUCCUGGGUUUUGCCCGUGACACGUGACGAGCACUGGCAGGAUGUGAUUGAGAACACAGGCCAGGAGGGCUGGGUAUUGACGGCGGAUCUUGAUUUGCCCCGUAAGUUGGGCAAGUGUGUGCAAGAUGUCAACACGCACGGCAUCAAGACGCGACACAAGCUCAAGAUUGUCGUGGCUCUCCAGAACCCGGAUGGUCACAUAUCAGAGCUCCGGGCUACACUACCCGUAACAAUCUUCAUCUCCCCGAACAUCCCUCUCGACGAAGAUGGAAACCUCGCACAGCCAGUCCAGCAAAACUCAUCUUCUCAGGAGAGCACCAGUCAAAUAGCGCCCCCAGGCUACGGAGAGCACGUCCUGGACCAGCUGUACUCCAACAUCGACAUGGCUGGAUACCAAACACCCGGAGUACAGUCUGGCAUGAACAGCCCAUAUAUGGCCCUUUCAAGAGCGGGCUCCAACGAGAACCUGGCGGCAAUGCUAAACGACAACACCAUAACACCAGCGGCACUAACCUCACGACUGCAAGAUGUCUCUGUGGCAGGAGGCCCUCCCCGCCGAGACUCGUCCUACGCUUCAUUAGCAUCCGCCCUUUUGCCCACCCAAAAUGCUGAUACCACACCCGCCAACACAUCACCACCAGCUUCAGCCCCCCUGUCCCGUCACGACAGCGGCGAGGAGAACCACUCAGGCAACCAAACACCCGAGCACGUCGACUUUCCCGAGCUCUCCGAACUCAGCAAAGUUCCCAGCUACGCAACAGCGAUCCGAUCAUCUCGCGUCUUCGCCCCUGCGGCAAAUGCGCUGCCUGACUACGCCACAGCCACGAGCGAGCCCACGACCCCCGCAGUCACCACGCCGGUCAUGACCCCAGUGGCCCAGACCGCUAACCCACUCGAGCUGAUUCCCGAAGACCCGUUGGAGCAGACAGGCGCAGGGAGCGUAUCACCUGCAGCAACGCCCGUAUCGCCUAGCACAAUGAGCACCAGCGCCGACCAGCAUCACAACCACCACCACCAUAAUCCCCAACGACCGACCCCGCGCAGACACUCAUCAUUUGGCGGUUUCUUCUCUAGCCACCACUCCCUCGGCAUGCACCACUUCCAUCACCAUCACGGCGAAGGUGAUGAGAGGAGAAGGUUCACGCUAAUGCAGAUGCGCGACCCUGUGUCUUAGUCUGGGUGCUGUUGCGCUGCAGCAACAUACUGGUGUCAUGCUAUGUACGAUUCUCGACCUCGCGGGAGGUACCCCGCUCUUUCAUGAGUGAGAUGUCCAAACUGACGACUCGGGAGGAUUUAAACCUGCCUUUUCUCGCAUUUCUUCUUUUCACGAUACUCAACUCUUCAUUUUCUGUUAAUAUCACGGCAACAUUUUGUCACUUAUCCAGUUGUAUAUCCCCCAUAUAUCUGUAUCUGAUUUUUACUUUUUGCUUUUUCUUUUGCGUAUCUUUUUUUGGGAAAUCACAUCUAUAUCGGCGCAUAUAGGAGAGGUAUUGGAAUAAACCGCAUAGAUCGAUAGACAGGAGGCACGCGUUGUUUUUACCAUGUUGGCUUUUUUCCUCUGGGCAACGGUCCCAGUUCUUGUUUUUGUUUUCCUAGGCUAGGUUUAGGCUUUGUUGAAUUUGUGAAUAGACAAUCAUAUCGUUCAUUUGCCUACUACUCACUUAAUGUGUGCCUACGGUAAUGAACCUACCAAAAUCGAUCGG